CUUCUCUCCGCCACCCCCACCCCCCAAGCCAGAGGCACACGCAGCUCGCCCCACUUUCUUCCUCUUCCUCCUCCAGCCCACUUUCUCUUCUCUGUGUCGUCAGAGCGCCAGGGAGGGACCUGGGUCGACGGAGAAGCCGGAAACAGCGGGCUGGGCAGCCACUGCUUGCUCCUAGAGGGAGGACGGGAGGGGACUCGGGUGUGUGCGUGCGUGUUUCUGCCCGCCUGUCUGUCCGUCCGUCCGCGGGCUGCGCUUCUGCUCCGUUUGGUGGCGGUCGCCCAGAGGGCUGCGAGCAGGCCAGCCCUGAACUCGCUGGACAGAGCGGCAGCCCCAUGGGGCCCGGCAGUGCCCGCUGAGAGGGAGAAGACGCUGAGGGGUUGCCAGGUACCCUCCAAGGCCAUGUCUCUGUGGGAUCUGGUUUCCAAGGUGCCCCCUGAAAAAUUGCAGGGGCUCUAUGUCGACUUUCCCCAGCACAUGCGGCAUCUCCUGGGUGACUGGCUGGAGAACCAGCCCUGGGAGUUCCUGGUCGGCUCUGACAGCUUCUGCUACAACAUGGCCAGCGCUCUACUUUCAGCCACUGUCCAGCACCUUCAGACCUCGGCUGGAGAGCAGGGAGAGGGGAGUGCCCUCUUGCAGUACAUCAGCACUCUUGAGAGCAUAUAUCAGAGGGAGCCCCUGAAGCUGGUGGCCGCUUGCAAACAAAUACUUCAAGGAGAGAAAAAGGCUGUUAUGGAAGAGUUCCGACACCUGCCGAUGUCUUACCACUGGAAGCAGGAGGAACUCAAGUUUAACACCGCGCUGCAGCGUCUGCGGCACCGGGUGGGGGAAUGCUGCCUUCUCCGGGAGAACCUGCAGCAGGAGGCCCGGAGCGACCCAGUGCCCCACUCGAGAGAAAGAUCCGCCAAUGGGACCGGGCCACUCGAGCUGGCCACCUUGCUGCAGGAGACAAUUGAAGAACUGGAGGUCGCGCAGACCCUGGUGCUGAAGAGGCUUCACAUUUGGAAGCGACAGCAGCAGCUGGCAGGGAAUGGAGCGCCGUUUGAUGAGAGCCUGGCCCCGAUCCAGGAGAGGUGUGAGAGCCUGGUGGACAUUUAUUCCCAGCUGCAGCAGGAGCUGGGGGCAGCUGGUGGGGAGCUUGAGCCUAAGACCCGGGCCUCCAUGAUGAGCCGGCUGGAUGAAGUCCUGAAAACCCUUGUCACCAGUUCUUUUCUGGUAGAGAAGCAGCCCCCACAGGUUCUGAAAACUCAGACCAAAUUCCAGGCCGGGGUUCGAUUCCUGCUGGGCCUCCGGUUCCUGGGGACCUCGGCUAAGCUUCCGCUGGUCAGAGCUGACAUGGUGACUGAGAAACAGGCCCGAGAACUCAGCCUGCCCCAGGGCUCGGGGACUGGAGCAGAAAGCACAGGCGAGAUCAUCAACAACACCGUGCCGCUGGAGAACAGUGUUCCUGGGAGCUGCUGCUCCGCCCUCUUCAAGAACCUGCUUCUGAAGAAGAUCAAGCGGUGUGAGCGGAAAGGCACCGAGUCGGUCACCGAGGAGAAAUGUGCUGUGCUCUUCUCCACCAGCUUCACGCUGGGCCCCAACAAACUCCCUAUCCAGCUGCAGGCCCUGUCGCUGCCCCUGGUGGUCAUUGUCCACGGCAACCAAGACAACAAUGCCAAAGCCACCAUCUUGUGGGACAAUGCCUUCUCGGAGAUGGAUCGUGUGCCCUUUGUGGUAUCAGAGCGGGUGCCCUGGGAGAAGAUGUGUGAAACUCUGAACCUCAAGUUCAUGGCUGAGGUGGGGACCAGCCAGGGGCUGCUUCCAGACCACUUCCUCUUUCUGGCUCAGAAGAUCUUCAAUGACAACAGCCUCAGCACAGAGGCCUUCCAGCACCGUUCAGUGUCCUGGUCACAGUUCAAUAAGGAGAUCCUGCUGGGUCGUGGCUUCACCUUUUGGCAAUGGUUCGAUGGUGUGCUAGACCUCACCAAACGCUGUCUCCGGAGCUACUGGUCCGAUCGGCUCAUCAUCGGCUUCAUCAGCAAACAGUACGUCACUAACCUUCUUCUCAACCAGCCAGAUGGAACCUUCCUCCUUCGCUUCAGUGACUCAGAGAUCGGUGGCAUCACCAUUGCCCAUGUCAUCCGGGGUCAGGAUGGUUCCUCACAGAUCGAGAACAUUCAGCCUUUUUCUGCCAAAGACCUGUCCAUUCGCUCCCUGGGGGACCGGAUUCGGGAUCUUGUCCAGCUCAAAAACCUCUACCCCAACAAACCCAAGGAUGAGGCUUUCCGGAGCCACUACAAGCUUGAGCAGAUGGGGAAGGAUGGCAGGGGCUAUGUCCCGGCCACCAUCAAGAUGACAGUGGAAAGCAUGGACCAGCCCCUUCCCACCUCGGAGCCCCAAAUACCUCCCAGAGGACCCUCUUAUGGUCAUGGAAUGAACCCCAACUCCUCUUUGAGCCGCUGCUCAGAAAUGUCCACGGUGUUCCCUUCACACCCUCACCCCCACUCCUAUCCAGAACCUGUGCUGCAAAACUUCUCAAACAGUAACCUGCACAUGUCCUCCAGCAUGGGCCAGCAGAUCAUGACUUUUGACCACCCCAGGGGGCUGCUGCCCUGCCAGCCUCAGGAGCAUGCGGUACCCAGCACUGACCACCUGGAUGUGACCAUGGCAGAGAGCUGCCUGAGUGAGCAGGUGACAGGAUUCCCUCAUGGCACCUGGGUCGGGGAAGACAUGUUCCCGCCCUUGCUCCCUCCCACGGAUCAGGAUCUCACCAAGCUACUGGAGGGGCAAGGAGAGUCCGCAGCCCACCCUGUCCUGCAGGCCCCCUCCUACAUGCAGUCUGGGAUCCCCAUGUCCCACAUGGACCUAAGGGCCAACCCUAGUUGGUGAGCCAGAGCUGGAGGGGGAACCCAGCGAGACAGCUCCCACACCGCCACGGACCUGAUCUGGACCACCCACCGGCCCCCACUCUGGCCUAGAAGCCCCGGAGGCUUUUGUCCUAUCCCCACCUACUCCUUGGUCAGGAGGAAAGACCAUUGGCGGGAGACUUGCAGUGGGCGGAGCCUAACCGCUCCUUCCCUCCUACCACACACCCCUGCCCUCCCACAUUCAGUCCUGGAAAAGGAAUUCCGGCUCCGAAAGUGAGACACGUUCCAGCAUGCCUGCACACACAAACACACACGUGUGAAAACACGUGCCUGCGCGCGCGCACACAUACACUCUCCCUCCCUGUAAGAAUGGGGCUGAAAGGAAGAGGCUGGGCCGAGGCGCAGGCUUCUCGACUGCCCAGAGCCCAGCAUUCCCAGGCAGCAGCAUGCAGCCUCGUGCACAUAUUGCCCGAGAGACUGGGGACAGACAGCGUGCACGGGCUUGGAAAGCAGUUCAGAGACUUUGGGCACCGAGAGAAACAAGGGAUCUCGACAUAGUUACUGAUGUGGGUUUUGCCCAGAUUAAAAACGUAUUCCGGAGAGUCCCCAGUUCCUGUCCACCAGAUGGAGGCAUUCAGUUCUGCAUGAGUGCGGGAGCACAGACUCCCUGUGUGUGUGUGUAGCCAGAAGGAUGUCACACCGUGUCUUGUGAGCAACACCACCACCCAUCUAGUGUUGCCCGGAUGACAAAAUAAUGUUGGGGAGCUGCCUCAGAGCCCAGUGUGCUGAUGGCCUCAGUGAUGCAUGGAUGUCAGCCCCGGGUCUUCAGUUUCAACGGUCCCACAGGCCUCUACAGCAGCUGCGACAUCUACAAAGGGCUGGAGCUUCGUGCCUUGGAACUGCCGCUCUUUCCUGGAGAGAGGGAUCACAGUCUGGUGCUCAGCUGUGCUCCACUCGGUGUAUUAGAGGGCCCUACCCUCUGCUGCUUGUUUGCUCCCUCACUGACAGCUGCCCUUCACUCCCCAUCCCGUGCCACCCUUCCUUCCUUUUGCGGGGAGAGGGUCAUAGAUCCUAAGCCAUAAAAUAAAUUUUAUUCCAAAAUAACAAAAUAAAUAAUCUACUGUACACAAUCUGAAAAGAAAGAUGCUCUAACUGCUCAGAGAGGGGCUGCGGCCCAGACCCCAGCUGAGGGAGACCCUGAGUCCAAUCGAGGCCUCCAGA